AUCAAAUUUUCCACUGUUGUGUUUACAUGUUCUACCUUGUGUUACGGCAAUUUCGUAUUCGUAUUCCAACAUUGCAUUCUCGUAAAACCAUGCAUACGAAUCGUUUUUUCUAAAAAUACAUUUCCCGAUUAUGAUGGUACGACUUCAUUUAUCGAUGAUGAUGGAUCAUUAAAGAAUGAGCUAAAAAUCUAUGUUAAAUCUAAUUUUACUCGAUUAUUUGAUCAUUGGCAACAGCAUUUAAAUACUUUCUUGCAGACAAACGAUUCAAGUGUUUACACUGGUACGACUGGAGCGGCUAUUCUUUAUCUCAAAAUUUUUGAAUCAAAAUUUUUUCCAAAUCCUGAAUCCUAUCUACACAAAGCAAAUGAAUUGAUCGAAAUUGGUUUAAAAAAUUUCCGCCGUAUUCAAGUUCCAACCUAUUUGUGCGGUGAAAUUGGCCUACUAGCAACAGCUACUUUGAUUUAUUAUUACCAAAACAAAGAUUAUGGCCAAUUAUUGAACAGUAUUCUAUCUAUUCAUUCAAAUGUAUGUUGCAUAGAAUCAAAUCUGCCAGAUGAAAUCCUCUAUGGAAGAGCUGGUUAUCUUUACACAUUACUAUUGCUUCGAUCAAAAAUACCAAAUCUGCAUUCGUUGAUUACUGAUGAUAUGAUUCGUCAGGUUAUUUGUGCUAUUUUGGAAUCUGGUAAAAAAACUACUAAAAAUUUACAUAGCAAAUGGCCAUUAACUUAUGUUUGGUAUGAUGAACACUAUGUUGGUGCUGCUCAUGGUUAUGCUGGUAUACUUUAUCUGCUUCUUAAAUCUAUUCAAUACAUUUGUUCGCAAGAACUUCAAACUUUGAUACGGCCAACAUUGAAUAUGAUUGUAGAUACACAAUUUCAAAGUGGAAAUUUUCCCGCUUGUUUGGCUGAGAAUGAAGAUAAAUUAGUACAUUGGUGUCAUGGUUCUCCUGGAUUAAUCUAUCUAUUGGCCACUGCACAAUCGAUUUUUAAGGAUGAAAAAUAUUUACAAGCUGCAUUGAAAGCCGGCGAUGAUAUCUGGCGAAGAGGAUUAUUACGAAAAGGUUAUGGAUUAUGUCAUGGAACGGCCGGAAAUGCUUAUGCUUUUCUAUGUUUAUACACAUUAACUAAUGAUCAAAAACAUCUGUACAGAGCAAUCAAAUUCACUGAAUGGUGUUGCAGUUAUGGCCAACAUGGUUGUCGUACACCGGAUACACCAUACUCAUUGUUCGAAGGCAUGGCCGGCACCCUUUAUUUUUUUCUCGAUAUCAUCAAUCCAUUCGAAGCUGGAUUUCCAGCACUUCAACUAUGAAUUGCAUGUUUAAACAAAAACAAAUUCAAAAUUUUUUUAUUCAUCUGUAUAACAACUGAUUAUUAUUGUGUUAACAAAAAAUCAUGAUAUUCAUUUAAUCAAAGACAAUCUGUUUAAGACCAGAAUUGGUUAUAA